AUAGAUAAGACAUAGAUUGGGGCCAUCACUUGCUAUUUAAAGUCAACCGGCCAGCUUUAAAAGAAGAAAGCAUUUAGAGUUUUAUCGAAACAAGUUUAGUAAAAAGACGUUUUCGACUUCACCUAUGAAGAAGGUUACCAUUUUCUUGGUUUUCUUUUAUUUUUGCUGCAAAGUAAAAGCCCAGGAAAGGCAUUUGCAGUACCGAGCGCAAAAUGAAUAUGAAAAGAGGGAUGCUGUUGGAGAACACUACCAUGAAUACCACCACAAACCUCAUCCAUACCAUUUUGGAUACAAUAUCAAGGACGAAAAAGGUAAUUCACAGUGGCAUAAAGAAGAAAGUGAUGCAUACAACAACAAGAAAGGUUCUUACGGCUACACUGACGCCUAUGGAGUUUACAGGCAUGUAGAUUAUAUUGCAGACCAUGAUGGAUUUCGAGUGAAAAUCCGUACAAAUGAGCCCGGAACUGCCAGUUCAUAUCCAGCGCAUGCAUAUUUUGAUGUGGAAGCUCCGCCGCAACAUGUUUAUUCUUCAUAUCAAAAACCUGCUCAUUAUGAAUCUCCGCCACAACAGGUUUAUGCUUCAUAUCAAAAACCUGCGCAUUCUGUAGCUCCACCGCAACAUGCUUAUAGUUCGUAUCAAAAACCUAUUGAAGCUGCAUUACAUCAAGAAGAAGAACAAGAUAAUGAGUAUCCAAACUCGAAAGAGAGGUAUACGUAUGUCCCUGUUUACGUUGAGGAUGCUAACAGGCAGAAAAACUACUAGUUCUUGUUUCUCAGUACUGGAAACAUUUAAGAAAUUUCUCAGGGUUUAUGAUGUUGCAUUUGAUGUUACCUUGAUGGAUUAAGGUAAUGAUCAUCAUGGAAAUUAGUAAUUUAAGAACUGUAUAUUUUAUAUAUAAUAUUACAAAAUGAAGUAUUUUAAAACAUUUUCUAAUUACUCGUUACUUAAAUAGAAUGACUAUGAUUUGUUCCCUAUUUGUAUAUAUAUAUGUGUAUAGUAAGGAUAAGGUUUUUUAUUUUAGAAGUCAUUAAUUUUAUGUCUCAUGUCGAAAAUAGUGUCUUUGUUAUAAGUCUUCUGUAAAUAAAACGUGUUUUCAAUUAUUA